UGUCAAUCGUAUUAAUGAAUUAAUUAAUCCACUAAUUUGUAGUAUAUAAAUAUACUUCAACGAUCGAAGAUUUCUCUUUGAUUUCCGGCGUUCCUCUUCGGCAAGAAAUCUUUCUCAAGUCGCAAUACAAGAAACAGCGCCGAAAACUACAGCCGAAUCUCCCCUCUCUCGAGAAGCAAGACAAUGGGAGGUGGGAAAGAUAAGCAUAGUGAGGAUCAAGAUAAGGGAUUGUUUGGUCAUCUGGGAGGACAUGGAGCUCCUCCACCUGGUGCCUACUACCCUCCGCCGCCUGGUGCAUACCCUGGAGCUCCUGUUCCUCACGGCUACCCUCCAGCACAGGGCGGCUACCCACCUCAAGGGUAUCCUCCGCAGCAGGGCUACCCUCCACAAGGGUAUCCUCCUCAGGGCUACCCUCCUGCCGGUUACCCCUCUGGAUCUUCUCACCAAACUGGACACGGCGGGCUAGGGGCAGUGAUUGCUGGGGGUGCAGCAGCAGCUGCAGCUGCUAUGGGUGUUCACCAUGUUAGCCAGAGCGGCUACGGGUACAGUGGCGGCCAUGGUGGUGGUGUUUACCAUGGCGGCGGGUACGGGCAUGGACAUGGUGGCAAGUUCAACCACGGGAAGCAUGGCGGCAAGUUCAAGCAUGGCGGCAAGUUCAAGCACGGGAAGCACGGGAAGGGGAAGGGCGGAAUGUUCGGAGGAGGCAAGUUCAAGAAGUGGAAAUGAUCGAUAACACACACCAGAUGCAAUGGGUGGGCGACUAAGAAAACUUCUAUAUCCAUAGACGUGCAUCCUUUGCAUCUCACAAUUCAAUAAAAAUUCAAACAAGUUGAUGAUCUAUGUCUUGUGUUGGUGACUGAUAUCGGUAUGCUAUUUGAUCAAGUUUCUGAACAGAGGUUAAUGUUUUUGGGGCUGAUCCGGCCUCUGAGCUCUGGCCGAAAUGAAUUCGCAGCCUUGGUAUAUCUUGUACAGAAGAACUCCUGUGCCAUGGGUUUUCUUGGAAGGAUAAUGCACCUUUUUCCUCACAUUUUGUUUGAAGUCUCGUGAUCAUUUUGCUUAUGGGUGGUAGAACAGCACAACAUUCUCCUUCUGUGCCGACGAACACACAGUAAGUAGCCCGCUCUGUAACCUCCAGCAGGAUCGGGGUUGAAAACUAGUUCUGUAGUCUGAAUCCGAUCAAUGCUUGAGAGAUGUCGGAGUUGCCUCGCCUUCAUCUUCUUAACGAGCCGCGUUGUCUCCUUCUUUAUGGGUGAGAUUGCCAUCACUCUGAAGCUAUGGUGGAGCACUGGUUAGUUUCAGCUUCUCCCCAACUUUCGGAGGGUUUGUUCGCUGACAGCCCGCUGUUUACCGACCUGUCGUAAAACGAAUCUUGUUAUGUAGAAAGACUCGCAUUUUGAGGAUGUUGCGAACGACAUCGUGAGAGGAGGAAGAUUGACAGUGGUCUAAUUGCUUAUCAAGUUCACAACUAUUGAAGCUCCAUUUGUUUCACAAGUGACACCAUUGUUCUUCCCAAGCAAAGAAGAACAAUUCCUAUUUGCUUGCCGUACAAGGAAAGAAAAACAUCGAGGAGCAGUGCAUUCCGAUUAGGUUUCUGACCCGGGACCUAUCCAGCCGGUCAAAGGCCCGACUCGAGGUUCAACCAACAGGUUCAACUGUCCGGGUCGACCGGGGGUUCAAUUGAUAGCAUAACAUUGAGCAGGAGGAGUGUGUUAGCCGUGCGCCGUAGGUUUUCGCGUCGAACUCGAAUCUCUCUCUCUCUCUCUCUCUCUGCCCGUUUCUCUUCAGCAGAGCAAAGCGGCAACACAGCAGACGGGCAGUAGGAGAGCAAAAUUCGUCGCCGAGAAGAUGUCGGAUCGUCUGACGAGAAUCGCGAUUGUCACUCCCGAUCGCUGCAAGCCGAAAAAGUGCCGCCAGGAGUGUAAAAAGAGCUGUCCAGUUGUGAAAACUGGAAAGUUGUGUAUUGAGGUUGCUUCUUCAUCUAAGAUAGCAUUCAUCUCUGAGGAAUUGUGCAUUGGGUGCGGUAUCUGUGUUAAGAAAUGUCCAUUUGAGGCGAUUCAGAUCAUCAACCUGCCAAAGGAUUUGGAGAAAGAUACCACUCACCGUUAUGGGCCCAAUACCUUCAAACUGCACAGGCUACCAGUGCCCAGGCCCGGGCAGGUUCUCGGCUUGGUUGGAACCAAUGGUAUUGGGAAGUCAACAGCACUUAAGAUCCUGGCUGGAAAGCUGAAGCCGAAUCUGGGCCGUUUCAAUAACCCUCCAGAUUGGCAAGAAAUAUUGACUCACUUUAGAGGAUCUGAGCUCCAGAACUACUUCACUCGCAUUUUGGAAGAUAAUUUGAAGGCUAUCAUAAAACCUCAGUAUGUUGACCACAUUCCGAAAGCAGUCCAAGGAAAUGUAGGACAGGUGCUUGAACAGAAAGAUGAGAGGGGAAUGAAAGCGGAGCUUUGUGCGGAUCUUGAGCUGAAUCAGGUUAUCGAUCGCAAUGUUGGGGAUUUAUCUGGCGGAGAGCUACAGAGAUUUGCAAUUGCCGUUGUUGCCAUACAGAGUGCAGAGAUUUACAUGUUUGAUGAACCUUCAAGUUAUCUUGAUGUCAAGCAGAGGCUCAAAGCUGCCCAAGUUGUUAGAUCUCUGCUCCGCGCAAACAGCUUUGUGAUUGUUGUGGAGCAUGACCUUAGUGUCCUGGACUAUUUGUCCGACUUCAUCUGCUGCUUGUAUGGAAAACCUGGUGCCUAUGGAGUUGUCACCUUGCCCUUCUCUGUUAGGGAAGGAAUCAAUAUAUUCCUGGCUGGAUUUGUUCCUACUGAAAACUUGAGAUUCCGGGACGAAUCUUUGACCUUCAAGGUAGCUGAGACUCCCCAGGAGAGUGCUGAAGAAGUUGAAACAUAUGCACGAUAUAAGUACCCAUCAAUGUCCAAAACCCAGGGCGGUUUCAGGCUCCGCGUUGUGGAGGGAGAAUUCACUGAUUCUCAGAUUAUUGUUAUGCUGGGAGAGAAUGGGACAGGAAAGACAACCUUUAUCCGGAUGCUGGCUGGUUUACUUAAACCUGAUGAUAUGGAAGCUUCUGAGGUGGAGAUACCCGAGUUUAAUGUUUCUUACAAGCCACAAAAGAUCAGUCCUAAGUUUCAAAAUACUGUGAGGCAUCUGCUACAUUCCAAGAUACGGGAUUCCUACAUGCAUCCACAGUUUGUUUCAGAUGUCAUGAAACCUCUGCUCAUUGAACAACUGAUGGACCAAGAAGUAGUGAAUCUCUCUGGAGGAGAAUUGCAAAGAGUUGCAUUAUGUCUCUGUCUUGGGAAGCCUGCGGACAUUUAUCUCAUCGAUGAGCCUAGCGCAUACCUCGAUUCUGAGCAGCGUAUUGUUGCUUCGAAAGUCAUAAAGAGGUUUAUCCUUCAUGCAAAGAAGACGGCAUUUGUUGUGGAACAUGAUUUUAUUAUGGCUACUUAUUUGGCCGACAGAGUCAUCGUUUAUGAGGGACGGCCAUCUGUGGAUUGUGUAGCCAAUUCACCCCAGUCAUUGCUGACCGGGAUGAACCUUUUCCUAUCUCAUUUGGAUAUCACAUUCCGUCGGGACCCUACGAAUUUCAGGCCUAGGAUCAACAAGCUGGACUCGACCAAAGACAGAGAACAGAAACAUGCUGGUUCAUAUUAUUACCUGGACGAUUGAUCACUGGACAUCUAUGCAUCUACCGGCUUGAGUGAGUCGAUAUCAUCGGUACUUUUUUAAGUGGGCCUUGAUUGGAGUGAUUGUGCGGCAAGACUAUUCCUUCGUGAUCAUAUAGUCAGAACUUGAAUCAUAGUCCUUGACUUGAUUCUCCUGUUGAAGAGUUUGCCGAGCCUUUCUGUUUUGAAGCUCUAAGUAAUACAUAGUGUAAUGGUGCUUGCUGCAACACCUAUUCUCUAGUAGCUUUGUUUCUUGUUCCUGCCAGUUUUGUUCAUUGACAGCAGUAGUAGGUGACUCAACCUUUUUGAUGCAAGUCGGAAUGUAACGUUAAGAGAGGUUUCGACCCUCCAUGUCACGAGUGUCAUAUCUGAUUUAGGCUUCUUGUUAAUCACCAAAGCCUCAGUGAGUGCUGACUGCUGUCGAAUGGCGUGUGUGUUGUUUUAUAGGCAGGGGCACGAUGUUUUAGGAAUUUUCGAGUAUCGUGCUCAGUUAUGCAGACUUUGAUAGAUUCUCGUUUUAAAGCAUGUUUUAUAGGCAGGGGCAAGGCGUGUGUUUGUGUUGUUUUAUAGCAUGUUUGUUUCAUGUAGGGUUCCAAGUAUCCUAAUGCCUGUCAAGUGCAUUUUGCAAAGCAAUGUGCUACAUCAAUGAAUCAUACCACUACAGUUACAAAGACG